AUGAGUAGCGACGCAGAAGGCAAGGAGGAUAAAAAGGACUCCCAUGAAGAAGAGAGUUCAAAAUUGGAAGAAGAAGAAGAAAAGAACAAUCCCAAAGGACAAGACAAAGGAUCAAAUGAAGAGGAUAAAGAGGGUAACGGAAGCGGAACUGAGGACGACACCGACAAGGAAGAAAAGGAAGAAUCUAAACCGUCUACCUCAUCGCCAGAUAAUCGUGAGACAAAGAAAGAGCGCGAUCAAAAAACGAAUCAGGUGUGCAAACUUUCA